CGGCUGUCGGAAGCGUCCACGGUCAGGCUCGGAGGGAGGGAGGGACGCUCGGCGGAAAUCUGACACGCUAGCUUCGGCAGCGACGUAUCAGCAGAGGGUGGUGACCGAAACUAAUCAAAACGGCACGGCAGUCCACCACCUGAACCAUCAAUCCGGGAUUUACGAGCAAAGGCGAUCAAUCACCGGACUGCCGUUAGCCUUCGAAAGUCAGCGGGUUUUUUUUUAUUUUUUAUUUUUUUUGACUUGUUACCGGUGACGACAUGGCUGAAUGUAACGUUAGCAUCGACCAGAAAAAACUGCCUGGAGUGAAAGAGGUAUGCAAAGACUUCGCUGUGCUGGAAGACCACUCCCUGGCCUACAACCUCCAGGAACAAGAAAUCGAAAGCCACCUGGCUUCCAACGUCCACAAGAGCCGGCUGGUGCAGAAGGACCUGCAGGUGGCCAAGAAGCUGCAGGAGGAGGAGGACGAGAGGGCCAAGAUACAGAGCCAGAAGCAAAACAGUGACAUCGAGCGACAGGACAUUGAGAUCGCACAGGAGAUUCAGGAAGAACUGGUCCGACAGGCAGAGCGGCAGCGACAGCAGGAAGAGAAGGAUGCGGCCAUCGCUCGUCAGCUGCAGGAGAAGGAGAUGAAAGAGGAAAAGAGGAGACAGAAACAGAUGGAAGCAAAACAUGAGGAGGAUUACUAUGAGGAUCACGGAGCUCCGAGAACCGCCGAUGUGGACAAACAUGCCCGUCAGAAAUCACGAUCACCUGACCACUUUGAUUCAUACUCUCCCUCUCGCUCAAAUCGAAAGCACUCUCCAGAUUAUUCCGCCGAGCCCAAAAGGAGCGGGUACCCAAAGCAGGACUCUGCAGCACCUCGUGGUCACGCCAGAUACCCGGAGCACCACGCGGAGGCGGAACGAGGGCGCAGCAAGCACGCGGAUCCGUUCCCGGAGCACCUGCUGCCCUCUAGAGGCAAGCAUGGGGACAGGUACCCAGAGUGGGAGCCUUCAUAUUCCAGCAGGGCCAGGGAUCAGGGGGUAAUGGAUGCAGACGGAGUGAUGAGGAGGAAGGAGAAACCAGCCAGACCACCUCCCCCGCAAAUCACUUUAGAGCGAGACAAGGACAGAUCUAGGCAUGAAAGGGACAGGGACUAUAAAACGGAGAGGCGUGUGGAGAAGGAGUACUCCAGAGACAGGGAGCUGGAUCCCAGGCAGAGAAGAGAGCGGGAGAAGUCCAGAGAUCGAAUACUAAGCGAGGACAUGCAGAGGGAGAGGGACAGACAGAGGCACAAAGACAAAGACCGACGACGGGCCAGGAGCAGGGAGCGAGCGCUCGAUUUGGACUCGUUGGAACGCGGAACCAGCAGGGACAGGCCAAGAGACAGCAGGGGAUCCUGGGAGGAGGAGGAAGAGGAGGAUGACGGUGGGAGGAGGGCCAGGAACCUGCAGCGUGUCCCCCCCAGCCCCAUCGAGGUGUUUGACGGCUUUACGAACGGCGAGGCGCGGGCGGACGCCAGGGAGAUCUGGGACCUCCAGCAGGAAGAAGCUCCUGGAAGAGAGCGCAGUCAUAGCCACCCCAGCAGAGAGACAGGCCAUGUGGCGCACAAAGGAAGCAGCUCAUCCAUCGCAGCGGACGAUUAUGGGCUGACUGACGCCACAAAGGGGUUGACGAACCUCGACCUUCGGGAGCAGGAGCUGAAGGACAUGGAGGUCGCGAGGAGACUUUACGAGGAGGAGCUGAAGAAAGCGAGCAUUAUGCAGGAGCGUGCAGCCCAGGUGGCAAAAGAUGAGGAAAUAGCCCGUCUCUUGAUGGAAAAGGAGAAGAAGGAGUACAGAAGGAACCGAGAACGUGAGAAAGAGAAGGAACGAGAGAGAAUGGCCAUGGAGAAGAUAGCCAUGGAGAGAAAGCGACAUGAGGGAAACUACAAGCCAAGUUCGGAGGAAGUCGUGCGGCCCAGAACGCGAGAUGAGUACGAGCACCACAGACAGAGAAGCAACAACAACAGACCUGCCCGACCUCCUCAGCCUCGCACACACGACUAUGAGAAUGUUAGCUCGGUGUAUGGCUACUCAGACCACCCCGCUCCCUCUCGCCCUCCACACAGACCUGAGGCAGCUUAUAGAGGUGCCUAUCAGAAGCGGUGACUCAAGAUCUGUACCUUAUCCAGACAUGCUGUCAGCCCUCCAACUUUUUCUUUGUCUGGUCUUUUUCUUUUCUUUUUUGUUUACAUAUUUAUUUAUCUAUUUUACCCAUGUUCACAUUUAUUUCCACCAAAAUCUUUGGAACAAACUGUGUUAGAUUUGGGACUUUUUCUUUAUUCCUUUUUUUUUUUUUUUUAAACCCUUCAAAGUUGUGUGUCGAUGAGCGAUAGAGCAACAUAUUAUUUUCGUCUCUUUUCUAUUCGUUAAUCUGACGUUAGCACUAGCCAAAGGACCAGUUUCGGCCCAUAAAUCUCCCAUGAUUCCAAGGUGUUGAAAGGACAUGACUCCUUACUCGCUCUGGUCAUUUUGUGCGGACGUUGGUCCCAUCUCUGGAUUGUGCCAUCAUCAUCAUCAUCAUCAUCAGGGCUCCGUGCCUCAUCUGGACGGACAUACUGGAACCAUGCAGCUUCUUCAUGUCUCUGUGCGGGGACGUGUCCGUCUGCUGCAGCUGCUACAGUGUCUUGUAUAUCAACAUGGCAGCUGCUUUUUACAUCCUGCUGUUCAAUAGUCAGACCCUCUCCAUGUGCCACGCAGCCUGCGACUCUUUCUGUCGCUCUCAUUUUACAGAGACAGAAAAUAAAACAGGCCUUUGUCAUGGUGCUGUCAACUCUGGCUUUGUUUCGUUUUGUUCCGGUGAGCUUGUUAACAAUCCAUUAAAUGCCUUUUUGGCCGUCUUUUUCUUUUCUGGGGCAUUUUAUUUAUUUUUUUUCAGCCUCCUUCGAAGCGAACAUGGUAUGACUGUAUAGGAAUCACUGUUUCUCUGUGCAUGCUUACUGAGACUGUACAUGCAUUUCAGAUGUAUAUAAAAUAAUCCAGCUCUUGCGUAAUAAUCACAAAGGGCUAAAGCCACAAAAAGCCAAUAAUAUUCAGUGUGAAUAAACAAAAUAUCUACUUGUCCAUAUUCGCUGUAUGAAAGGACUUUUCUGCAACUUCUUUUUCAUAUCUGCAGUCUGAAACUGAAAUGCAUGUACGUUGCUUGUCUGUCGACGCUGAAUUCAUGCUUGUGCUUACAGCACAGAGGUUGUAUGUUUGAAUAUUUGCUUUUUUUUUAUGCUGAUGUGCUGUCACAAUAUGUGAAAUGAUUGUGUAAAAUUCUCAAUUAUUCCUGACGUCCUUAAUUCUUGUGCUGUAGCAGUUCUAUUUGUUCACAAAGGGACCUUUAUAUUUAUUUUUAUACUGAAAUUUGACUUUCCUGCCAUUGUUUUGUCGUGACCCAAGCUUUUCCCGACGUCACUUCCAGGUUUUUGUCUUGAACUCAAAGACAGAUAUCCCUUCCUGUAUGGAUUUAAAACAACAGAAAGUUAUCCAGUAUCGCACAAGCUCUUCCUAACGAAGAGAAGUCCUGCUGAAAGAUUUACAGUUUUCUGUUCAUUUUAAGUUGAGAAAAGGAAAAUAAAGAGCACAUUUAUUUUAAAUAUAGGGAAAUGAAAAGCAACCUGUUAAUACUCAGUGCUGCUUCUGAGCUCUUUUUGUUGUCAUAAAUGUUGCUGAAAUAGAAAUUGUUUGCUUCCAAAACAAGUUUUCCUGCUGUAAGGACAAAUCUUAUUGUUUUCUUUACCCAAGUAUGAGGAGUUGGAGUUGCUAGUGACAAAAUGAAGGUUUUGAAGGAAACUUUGUGCUAAUUGUUGACUGAACGGGACGUGUGCCAUAUGUUAUUACUUUUCAGGGACAACAAUGGUUUUAAAAAUUAUGAAGUUGUAGCAGAGUUGGCAUUUCCUUUAAAAAAAAAAAAGUGACUUCUAAUGUAUUAUUUGAAGAGAGCGCCACCUUGUGGGUGCCUCAGUGGUUGGGGGAUUAAAAAGUGAUUAAACUGAUCAAUAUGA